UCAAAUUUAAAGCGGUGAUAUUUCUAACGAUUAACUGAGGCGAAUAAGAAAUAGGAGAUCUCAACGAAAGUAAAAAAGCUUGGAUUACAAUUUACACUCUACAGUGAAUUUUAAUUAUAGUAUUUGUAACAAAAUGACAAAGAGGCCAGGAGAAAAAGAAAAAAACCAACACAUACAGGUUUUCUUGAGAUGCAGACCUUUGAACUGGUAUGAGAAAAAGCAGAACUCGUAUUCUGUUGUAGAAGCAAAUCCGGAACGACGGGAAGUUACUGUGAAGGAUAAAGGUUCUGAAAAAUCACACACAAAAACUUUUGCGUUUGAUCGAGUGUUUGGACCAGAGACACAGCAGAUUGAUGUAUAUAAAAUGGUUGUUGGCCCUCUUAUUGAGGAGGUUUUAAUGGGAUACAACUGUACCGUUUUUGCGUAUGGCCAAACAGGAACAGGUAAAACAUAUACGAUGGAAGGAGAAAGAUCUGCCGGCAAUUUCAGCUGGGACAGGGAUCCUCAGGCUGGUAUCAUUCCUCGUACACUCCAUCAGUUGUUUGAAGAGCUAAAGCAUCAGGAUUUGGAGUUUACGGUUAGAGUGUCGUUUCUUGAACUAUACAAUGAAGAGCUGUUUGACUUGUUGAGUCCCCACGAUGACACCUCAAAAUUACGACUUUUUGAAGAUGCAACAAGAAAGGGAUCUGUCGUCAUUCAAGGCCUUGAGGAGAUCACAGUUCACUCUCGGGAAGAAGUGUAUUUUAUCCUCGAGAAAGGAGCCGCUAAAAGGCAAACAGCCUCUACUCUAAUGAAUGCUACAUCCAGUCGUAGUCAUACUGUAUUUUCCAUUACCGUUCAUAUCAAAGAGAAUAUGAUUGAUGGGGAAGAACUGUUAAAGACUGGGAAAUUAAAUCUGGUGGACUUGGCGGGAAGUGAGAAUAUUGGUCGGUCAGGGGCUGUUGAUAAAAGGGCUAGAGAAGCUGGAAAUAUUAAUCAGAGUCUUCUUACACUUGGACGAGUAAUUACAGCAUUGGUAGAGAAAACUCCGCACAUUCCUUACAGAGAAAGCAAAUUGACACGUUUGCUUCAAGAUUCUCUGGGAGGUCGGACCAAAACCUCUAUUAUUGCCACUAUUUCUCCUGCACUUUGCAAUGUAGAAGAAACACUAAGCACUCUGGAUUAUGCCUGUCGUGCCAAAAACAUCACAAAUCGACCUGAAAUAAACCAGAAGUUGACAAAGAAAGCUUUGAUUAAGGAAUACACAGAAGAAAUCGAACGUUUAAGACGAGACUUGAUAGCUUCCCGGGAAAAAAACGGCAUCUACGUUGACGAAGAAAAUUACAGGUAUUUACAAUUUAUCGUCUCGUUAACUUGUCUGCCAGCGAAAUUCGCGCGACUUUGGAAGACGCCAGAAAAAUCCUUUACCAACUAUCAGAUACAUUCUACAAAAAAAUUGGGAAUACAGAGCUACACUGGUAAGAAUGCCUGGGGUUACGUGAAUGUUAGAACAGAUGCCUACAUGUUCUGGUGGUUGUAUUAUGCUGAAUCUCCUCAAGAAAACUACAGUAAUUGUCCACUGGUAUUAUGGCUUCAG